AUGGACCAGACCCGACCGACCCGUCGCGCCUUGCGAAGAAUCGGCGAUGAGAACAUGGUCAGGGCAUCUUCUUCAGCAACUGCAGCAACUGCUGCUACCGCUGCUGCCAAACAAGCCCUCGCGUCUGUAGCUGGCUCUACAACGGCUCCUGCCUCUGCUUCUGUUCUUGUCGCUGAGAAGCCUUUUAUGGGACCAAAUUGCACCGAUUCUUCUUCUCUCAGGAAAGACUCCUCCGCAACAAGCGGUCCUGCUUGUGCUGGUUCUACUGCAGGAACUAAACGUGCUGCUCUUUCAACUCUCACAAACACGGCUCUUUCGGCGGGCCCAACUAUUGCAGUUGCACCCAUCAAACCAGUCAGCGGAUCCACAAGACCUAAAAUCAAUGUGUUUCAGCAACAACAACAACAACAACAUUCUCGAGGCCUCACUACAACGCAUGCGCCUUCAAAGUCAAAACACAACAACAGUAACAAUAAUAAGACCAGAGCCCUUAAACAUGCUUCUGGAACCACGUCAGCCGCCAAGUCGUCUAAAAAGUCAAAGCAUACCGUAUGGGUGGAUGAAACUAUCGAUAAGACAACUCUAACUACAUCCUCACAUGCCAAAAACAAGCACUAUUCUCGCGCUCAAAAGCAUGUUGCAACUGCUUCUUCCAAUGGAACCAGAAAUCUAGACAGUGCAUACGUUCUCGACGAAGAAGAGGUCAGAGAUGAGGAAGAGGAGGACGAUGAUGAAGAAGUUAGCAAUCGCAGUAAUGCCAGCAUCAGCCACAAUAAAUUUAACCAGCACAAAGUUGAUGAAAAAAAUUAUGAUGAUGACAAUGAUGGUGAAGAGGAAGAAGAAGAAGAAGAAGAAGUGGAGGAGGACGAUGAAGAUGACGACGAUAAAAAUAUUGUGACCAGAGUUCAGUAUAGACAAUCAAGAUAUGAUGAGAGAGAAGAAGACUAUGACUCCGAAGAUGAUGAAGAUGGUGAAACGGAAAACACUGAAAACUUCUUGCGUAACUACUCGUCUGCUGGCACACGAGCUUAUUACAGAUCUUCCUCCACAUAUAAUGACGACACUGAAAUUGAAGAUGAAGUGGAUUACAAUGAUGACAAUGACAAUGACGAUGAAAAAGACGACGAACAAGAAGGAGAAGAAGAAGACCGAGAAAAGGUUCACUCCUCCAAUCACCAAGUUUCACCAUCUUCUGUCACAACUCUAGAGGAGCCUGUUCGGGACGAUGAAGAAGAAGAUGAAGAAAGUAUUCACAUUUAUCACGAUAGCAUUGACUACCACAAUCAUGAUGGUCACAAUAUCACCAGUCAUGCAAUUCCCCCUACAUCUGCCACUUUUGCAGCUCCCAGUGCGCGUAGAUUUGAGUCUCAGCAACAAAUUAGCUCUUCAGACCUGGUAAUAACUUCGGUCUCAGCUACUGUUACUGCUCCAGCCCCAAUUUCUGCUGCUGUCGCGGGAACUACUUCAAGUGCACCAGCUGCCCAAGCUGUUGAAGAGGAACCAAUUUCAUCUUACACGGUUCCUAGGUACUGCGUGUCGCUUGAACGCAAACCUUCUCGCACUAACCCUCAUUACGUUUUCCCCCUGUGGACUUCCGCAGCUCAUGAGAAAAUGAUGCAAGUUUCAGAAACUGUGCCCAACAUGCCUGGAAUUUUUGACGAGGCUGACGACGAUACUUAUGAUAUUUCCAUGGUGGCUGAGUACUCAAACGAUAUUUUCCGUCAUUUGCGCAAUCUUGAGUUUAAGUAUCUCCCUGAUCCAACUUAUAUGGAUUGCCAGCUUGAUAUGGACUGGUGCAAGCGCGGAAUCCUCGUUGACUGGCUGGUCCGCGUCCACGAUCACUGCAACCUUCUUCCAGAAACUCUUUUCUUGACAAUUAAUUACAUGGACCGUUUCCUUACCAUGAAAGCUGUGGGCCAAUCGCGGUUGCAAUUGGUUGGUGUUGUGGCUCUUUUCCUUGCUGCAAAGCAUGAAGAAAUUACUUGCCCUUCGGUUCAGGAAAUUGCCUAUCUUGUUGAGAACGAGUAUUCAAUCGAAGAGAUUUUGCGUGCAGAACGUUACAUGAUUAACAUUUUGGACUUUAACAUGGGUUGGCCUGGUCCAAUGUCUUUUUUGCGUCGGUCUUCCAAGGCUGACGACUACGACUCGGACACUCGUACUUUAGCCAAGUACUUGCUUGAACUUACCAUUAUGGACGAGCGCUUUGUUGCGGCAGUACCGAGCUGGCUCGCGGCUGCUUCACAUUACCUCUCGAGGCUUAUUUUGUCGCGCGGCCCUUGGUCUGAUGUUCAUGUCUACUUUUCCGGAUACACUGAAGAGCAACUUAAGCCUGCCGUCAAACUUAUGAUUGAAUGCUGCCGAGAUCCCAUUGCUCAUCAUAAGUCUAUUUUCCAAAAAUACUCUGAAGAGCGUUUUAAGUGGGUUUCGUUACAUGUUGCCGAGUGGAUGAACAAUAACAACUAUUGA